UGUGGGCUUAUGGUUCCUGCCCACUAUCAUCACUGAAUUCUGAGAUUCAAAGUCCAGAUAACUAUGAGCAAGGAAAGAGCCUCACUUGCUCCCGCUGGCAAAUUUCUUUUCUCCUGCUUAUCUAAGCGGGGCAUUGGACCCCCAUGACCCAGUGUGUUCCCAGUGUUGAGGCGCCAGCUGUGUUCCUGACCCCUGAAUAAAUCAGGGCCACACAGAGCCUGGCAGAGCUCUGGGACACAUUUCCUGUCAAGGCCUAGGGAAAGCAUUUGGCUAAGGGAGUGUGGUGUGGACUUUCGGCUGUUGGGGGAUGAGGGCUCAGGAGAGGAGAGGGGAGGGCACACAUGGUGGUAGAAAGGGCUGUAGAGGGCGGCGACUCUAGAAACAGCCUGGUGCCGUCCAGCAAGCCAGACGACUUGGGAGCAGCUGUGUGCUCUGAGUCUCCAGGAUGAGGCCAGCGCUUGCCCUGUGCCUCCUCUGUCCUGCGUUCUGGCCCAGGCCAGGGAAUGGCGAGCACCCCACGGCCGAUCGCGCAGCCUGUUCGGCUUGGGGGGCUUGCUACAGCCUGCAUCAUGCUACUUUCAAGAGAAGGGCGGCGGCGGAGGCCUGCAGCCUGCGCGGCGGGACUCUCAGUACCGUGCACUCCGGCUCGGAAUUGCGAGCUGUGCUCCAGCUCUUGCGUGCAGGUCCCGGGCCUGGCGGAGGCUCCAAAGACCUUCUGUUCUGGGUGGCUCUGGAGCGUGCCCCUUCACAGUGCACCCUGGAGAGGGAGCCUUUGAGGGGUUUCUCCUGGUUAGAUCCGGACUCAGAAGACUCGGAGGACAGCACACUACCGUGGGUGCAGGAGCCACAACUUUCCUGCACUGUAAGAAAGUGCGCUGCGCUCCAGGCCACCGGGGGAGUGGAGCCUGCUGGCUGGAAGGAGAUGCGCUGUCACCUGCGCGCCGAUGGCUACCUAUGCAAGUACCAGUUUGAGGUUCUGUGCCCAGCACCUCGCCUGGGAGCCGCCUCUAAUUUGAGUUUCCAAGCUCCCUUCCGGCUGAGCAGCUCCGCGCUGGACUUCAGCCCUCCUGGGACCGAGGUGAGUGCGAUGUGUCCCGGGGACCUCUCUGUCUCCUCCACCUGCAUCCAGGAAGAGACAAGCGCACAUUGGGACGGGCUUUUCCCCGGGUCAGUGCUCUGCCCCUGUUCUGGGAGGUACCUCCUUGCUGGCAAAUGCGUGGAGUUCCCUGACUGUCUAGACCACUCGGGAGACUUCGUAUGCGAAUGUGCAGCGGGCUUUGAGCUGGGGAAGGACAGACGCUCUUGUGAGACCAAGGCGGAAGGACAGCCAACCCUCGAGGGGACCAAGUUGCCCACCAGGAAUGUAUCAACCACUCCAGCCGGUCCUGUGACAAACAGAACAUGGCCAGGUCAGGUCUAUGACAAGCCAGGAGAGAUGCCCCAGGUCACUGAGAUUCCUCAGUGGGGAACACAGAGUACUUUACCUACUGUUCAAAAGACCCCACAAACCAAGCCAGAAGUCAUUGUCACACCAUCAGGAAGCGUGAUCCCCGCACUGAACUACACAUCUUCACCCCCUGUUUCUCUGACUUUCGACUCCUCCUCCACGGUAGUCUUCGUACUUGUGAGCAUAGGAGUAAUAGUUUUGGUAGUCUUGACCAUUACAGUGCUGGGGCUUUUCAAACUCUGCUUCCACAAAAGCCCUUCCUCCAGAACAAGGAAAGGAGCUUUGGACUCACCGGGUGUGGAGUGUGAUGCUGAGGCCACCUCUACGCACCACAAUUCUGCACAGUGCACUGACAUUGGAGUGAAGAGCGGGACUGUGGCCUGAGGGGCCGAGCUGAGGGUUCUUCACUGGCUGGGUCCUCUCUUGGAUCAGGACACUUAGGGAAACAGCUCAAUGCUCACAUCUUGUGUAGACUUUUCAAUUCCAACAACUGGGGAGAUUAGAGAAUUUGCAAUAAUUACUGUGGAAGUCCCCCGUCCCAUAAAUUCUCUUUAUUUUGAGCUAAAUCUGAAAGUGGAAGAAGUGGAGGCUAUGGGCUGGUACUGGAGGACAGGGUAGAAAAUGGCAAGAGGCAUUUUUCUUUGCUUUGGGAGAAUUUGGAGAAGUGCUUGAAUAUUUCCAGUGUUGGGAACAAAUAAAUAACACUAUAAUUUUUGGAACAUUUAUUUUCAUCCAAAAUGAGAAGGAAAUAUCUCUAUUAUUCAGGCUAGGAGUAUAUUAGCUUGAAAUUUUCAGGCAAAUAAUAAAGCAUUGUUGAGAACCUAGGCUAACGUAUGAUUGACUCAGUAAGGGUGUUAGGAGUACAACAUUCUGAGGAUAGCAACUGGCUAUGGGUUUACUGGGAAGACACAAAAGCGUACACUCUGUGCUUUGGGGGAAAUGUCCUUAUACACUAGCUCCUUCAGAACUAGUGAAGUUUCCUUUAUUCUUUUAUCCUUUGCUUUCAAAGUCACUGUGACUGUGCUCUGCUAUAAAUCCUAAGUGCAAUGUUGCCAGUUUCUGACUCCAGAAGCAAAUUACAGUUGACCACCAAUCCAAGUGUUUACUGUGUGUCCUUGCCCAAGGAAACAAAUGAUUUGUGUCUUCCUUUUCCAAUGUUUGUGUUCUCCAGUGUAAUGACCUUACUACUCAAGCCACCUUGUACACAUCAAGAUGCUGAGCCUCACUUCCAAUUACGAUGAUGUUAAUUCUCAAUUAAAACGUUAAUGCUAAGUAUUGAUUUGAAAUCUUCUGGGUGCAUUAAAGCAAAAGGAAGCUUGGUUUCUUCCAAAGAUGCUAGA